ACCUACAUCUUGUUCUUUCUUUCUCUCUCUGUCGCCCAUCCUGCGGCACCACCACAGUCCACAGUCCGUCUCCCCGUUCACACAGCCCCGCCCCACGCACGCCGAGGAAGGAAGGAUGGAGAAGGCCCUCACCAAGCUCAGCAGCUUCACCAUCCCCCGGAAGGCCAAGCAGGAGCUCACCGCAAUCGGCGGCGACAUCUCGCGUAUCUCAAGCACCGUGGAGGAGAAGGCGAAGUGGGUCUUCGAGAAGCUCAAAGGCAAACCAAACAAGUCACUGCCUGAUCUCCUGCGCGACUACAACCUCCCUCCGGGCCUCUUCCCUAAGAAUAUUAUCUGUUACGAAUAUGAUCAGACAAGCUCCAGGCUCGUGGUACACCUAGCGAAGCCCUGCGAGGUGAGCUUCAAGGAUUCCUCCAUGAUACGGUACUCUACUCGCGUCAAGGCAACUCUGUCCCGCGGCAAGCUUUCGGCGAUCGAAGGAAUGAAAACCAAGGUGGUGGUUUGGGUGAAGGUGACCACCGUGAACCUGGAGAGCUUCAGGUCCGACAAGGUGUGCUUCAUAGCUGGUGUGAAGAAGCUGAGGCAGAAGGAUGCUUACGAGAUGCCCCGUGAAAGCGUCUCCGUGGAGGAGUUCUGAUCUUGAUAUCUGGUGAUCUAUCCUAUCCAUAAUAUCCAUCAUUCUUGCCAUUCUUUUGAGUCCCAUGCGGUGUGAUUCCGUAAGACAUGGUGGUGCCUGGUUUGCUGAGGUUCGGUGUAGCUGUACCAGUGCCUGGAGAACAAUGGGGGAUUUGUUCCUCCUGAUGAAAGCACCAGUGCAUGUUUUCUGAUCAGUCUUUCACAUGUAUGUGUCCCAGUAGUGUGAACAUCUAGCAUGUGCUCUGGCUUUGCAUUGCCAGUGUGUCUAGGGGACAUGUGUUUGAACGUUGCAUGGUACUA